AUGGGGAAGGACUUUGGGUUGAUCAGUGAAUAUGAUUCCAUGAGGCUAAAGUUUCAGACUACUGGGACAUUGUACACUGUGGACCCUUUGGGAAAAACGAAAGUUUUGAGGUUCGAAGUUCAUGAAGGCCUACGAAUCGCAGAUGCUGAUUUGAAAAAUUUAAGUAUCAUUGAAAUUGAGAAGUUGCUCCAAAGAAAUGGUAGGUCAUUAAAUGAUUACCCAUGUUUGCCAACUCCAAAAUAUGACGAAGCCCUGCAAUUUGACAAUAGAUUUAUUGUUGAUGAACUAAACUAUGAAAAAGAUGCAUUAAAGGUACAAUAUGAAGAGUUGCUUAGAGGCUUCUACUUUUUAUAUGGAGAUGGUGGAACUGGAAAGACUUUUGUGUGGAACACUUUAUCGGCGUUGCUUAGAUCCAAAGGACUAAUUGUUCUUACCGUUGCUUCCAGUGCCAUAGCAUCAUUACUCUUUCCUGGAGGCAGAACAACUCAUUAUAAAUUCUGCAUUCCAUUAGAUGCUAUAGAGACCUCGACAUGUAAUAUAAAGCAAGGAAGUCUACGAGCAAAGCUUCUACUUGAAACAAGUCUUAUUAUAUGGGAUGAAGCUCCAAUGUUGAAAAAGUAUUGUUUCGAAGCUUUAGACGUUACACUUCGAGAUUUAAUGAGAUCGAAAAAUGAAGAUAACGCCCAUAAGCCUUUUGAAGGAAAAAUAGUAAUACUUGGAGGUGAUUUUAGACAAAUACUACCUGUAAUAACUAGAGGAAGCAGACAGGAAAUCGUCGAAUCUACUGUAAACUCUUCAUCAUUGUGGAAACACUGCAAAGUUAUGAAAUUGACUAAGAACAUGCGCCUAACUGCAGCUGAGACGACUGAUGAAGCAAAAGAAAUCAAAGACUUUGCAGAUUGGAUUCUUAAAAUUGGAAAUGGCGACCAUCCAGAUUCCGGAGCAAGAGAGUACGAUGUCCAAAUCCCGCCAGAUCUGCUCAUCCCAGAUAGUCCUGACCCAUUAAUGGAAUUGAUUAGAUAUACAUAUCCUGACCUUGCGCACAAAAUGAAAGACCCUCAAUUCUUUCAAGAUAGGGCAAUAUUGGCCCCUACACUAGAGGCUAUUGAAAUGAUAAACACUUACAUGCUUGGGAUGAUAGCUGCACCAGAGCAUGAAUAUCUGAGCUCCGACUCUGCCUUGCGAUCUGAUGAGGAUUCUGAAAUCCAAGGUGAGUGGUUUACCACCGAAUUUUUGAAAGACACUAAAAGUUCAGGAAUGCCUAACCACAAACUUUUAUUGAAAGUUGGUACUCCAAUAAUGCUUUUGAGAAAUAUAGACCAAGCAGCAGGUUUAUGCAAUGGAACCAGGUUAAUUGUGGACGAACUUGGUGAACGUUUUAUUGGUGCAACUGUUAUCACGGGAACAAAUGUCAAUGACAAAGUAAGACAGUUUCCAAUUGCAAUAUGCUUUGCUAUGACCAUGAACAAGAGCCAAGGACAAACACUAUCUCAGGUUGGACUCUUCCUUCCGAGGCCCGUUUUCACUCAUGGUCAGUUAUAUGUAGCUCUUUCUAGAGUACGCUCAAGAAAAGGUCUUAAACUUUGUAUACUCGAUGAGGCGGGAAAACAGCAGACCAAUACUGUAAAUGUAGUGUUUAAGGAAGUUUUUGGAAAUGUUUGA